UUUUUUUAGACCACCUGACAGUUCGUGGUCGAUAGUAGAAUAUUGCAUUUUAGUUUCUUUCCUUCGUAAUUUUAAUAAAAUAAACCUAUAAAAUGGGCAUGAAAUUCUGUGGCCCUAAGCUAUCCUUGUGUGGACUAGUUUUAAGUGUUUGGGGCAUCAUUCAGCUGACUUUGAUGGGCGUCUUCUAUUACAUCAGGGCAGUGGCAUUGCUUGAAGAUCUACCAAUAGAUGAAAAGAGCACUCACACCAUUGAGGAUUUCAUUUCAGCAGCCGAAAAUGGAUAUACUCAGAAUGCCUAUAAUUGCUGGAUUGCUGCAUUGUUAUAUGUAAUCACAUUGGUAGUCUCUGGACAUCAGUUCUGGAUGAACAACCGCUCUUCAGUUAGUAUGUAAUGGAGUGACAGGGGUGAUAAUGGCAAUUCUCCAUGUUAUAUUAUAGUUCUAAAGGGUAUCUUAUACUAUCAAAUAUGUAUAAUGUAAUUUUUAAGUAAAUUUAUAAAUUUACUAAGCUGGAUAGGGAUAGCAAUAUCAGUAUAAUGUUUUGUUCUUCUGGUGAACGAAAUUUAUGUAUCCAUCUCUAAGACAUGAUUCUAUCUGAUAUUUGAUAGUGUAAAACAUUCUUUAGAACAUUUUGUUUAAUAUAUAGCAAUCUAGAACAUAUAACAUUGAGCAGUUGACUAUUGUUUCAUAGGCACAAUUUGUUUUCUUACUGUCAAGUAUUUUCAUUCCAUUUUAAUUUAUUGUAUUCUCAAGUCCAAAACCACUUUAGAAUCUAAUAUCUGGGUCAGCUUAUUAAUAUGGCUAAUGUUGAUAAUGAUAAAUCUGUUUUUAUUUGAAUUUAGUGUGUAUAUUUACUUUAUAAUUAUAUAUUAUUUAUUUAAUAACAUAUGAAAGCAUAUCUAAUUGGCAUAGACUAUAAAGUGUUAACGUGAUAUGAAAUGACUGUAUUAACAAAAAUUUAAAAAUAUUGUAUUUGAAUAUUAUGAUUUGUGAUUAUGAUAUGAUAAUGCAUUAUUCUCUUCUUGAUUUCUCAAAUACAAAAUACAAAUAACUUUAUUUUGUCUGAAGUUUUAAAAACUAAAAUGUACUGUGGAAUGGUAACUAUUAUUUCCCUGUGUAAUUUCCUUUCCCACAUGUGAUAUUAUCUCCUGCAUAUUAAAUAAUCCAUUUGCACUCGGAUCGAAUGAGACUUAAGAUUAAUUUGUAUUGAGUAAUAGUUUGAACAGUUAUUUUUAAAAGUAUUAUAAAAUGCUGUAACUUGUACAUAAAUGUCAGUAGGUAUACUGUACAAUGCUUAGAUUUUAUUGAAGUAAAGAAUAUGUAUGUUAA